AAAAUUCUAAUUUAUUAUUUUCCUCGAAUCAACUUUGUUACCAAGAAUCGAAACAGGCAUGACAGAAAUAGAAACAAUGAGGUUUCCAAACGCUGUGGAUUUUGUGUGUUUUUCUCAAACAUUGAGUUUAAUUUUUUGUCAGACAGCCCCUGAUAAGAACCAGUGUGGACCCAGCACGUGUUGUCAAGGCUACCGCAUGAAAGAUGGCUUAUGUAGAGUUUGUGAAAAUGGUACAUAUGGAAUUAACUGCAGCCAAUCUUGCCUAAGAGGUUACUUUGGACAUCUGUGUAGAUCAAAGUGCCCUACGUCUUGUAAGCUUACCUGUGAUAAAGUCACUGGACAAUGUAGCAGUCUGACCCCUGUCUCUGACGGUGUUUUGGAGAGAUUUCUAAGAAAUAAUUCCUGGGCUCUAGUCAUUGUUUCUUCCUUGCUUAUGAUUUUGUCCUUUGGAUGUAUUACAUUUCUCUUCUACUUUCAUAUUUGUCGAAAAAGAGAAGACAUGCCAUUGAUUUCAGAACGGAAGCAAAGAAAUGUCAUAGCAGGAUCUGUAAAACAAGGAAAAUACACUCCACGUCGAUCAAAGAAAAUCCUGAAAAGAAACGAAGUUUCACUAACCUUCAGAGAUGAAGAUUCAGGAAGAAACAGGAACCCAAAACAAAUGAUAGAAAUCAGUACUGAAAUUAAAGAAUUAUCACUAGACAGUAUUCACGAUAAGCAAAAUGAAUCAGGUCGGGAAAGAAGAAACCCUAGUGUUAAGAAGCCCCAAUAUCGGUACAGCUUAGCUAAAACAUUCGAAAUCACAGAGGAAAUAGAUAUAAGUCAGAAUUUGUCGGAAAAUUAGGACAUUUUUGAUAGUGACCAUGAUGUUGAAUAUGAUAACACAAGGUUCCAGAAGACAGAGUGAAGCAUUGGAAUGGUCAACGAGUUCCUGGGAAAAAAGUCAACGCGUUUUAUAGUGUUCAUAGCCCAAGUACAUAAAAGAGGAUUUCUGUAAAAUGCGUUGAUUAUCGACUUUUGACCUUUUAAGCUUAGAUACUUUAACUUUUAGUUCAAAGAGUCACUUUUCUACGAGGGGUGAUCAAAAAGUUUGAGAACUAAUUAAAUAACUUCCCUAAAAGAAACAAUAUUUGGUAUCAGUGUUAAUUAUAUUUUAAAUUAGUCCUCUCCGGAUUUAAUGCACAUUUGCCAUCGUUCUGAUCAUGCGCGAAUCACGUGAUAUAGGCGGUCAUGUGACCCCCUCUGACAGCGUUCUGCCAUAAAAGCUGAAAUAUUUUUCUGAAUUUUAUAUUUCUUUCCAUGUAAGUUAAUUUUUAUAACAGGAAUAUUCCGUUUGUCAGAAACGGUCAAAUAGGUAACAGAAAUUAUGGAUAAAAAUAUUCUUUCCAAAAACAAGCAUGGCGACCAUUAAAACCCAAAUCUUCUGUUUCUGGAGCUCUAGACGUUUAA